GCCAGCCUGCUAGCUGCCGACCGUAGCAAUGACAUGCUUUGAUAUAGGCAUGCUAUUCCAACGGGGCACUGUGUAUCAGUAGCUAGGCCAUCCUCUGGAAGUUGUACAGUUAUUAGCAGCGCUUUGAAAAUCAUUUGCUUGCACCAAAUUUGACUUGUGUGAUAACUGUUUGUGACACAAGGCAAGAAAAGGUGGCCACCCAGCAAACAACAGCAACCAGGUCAACAGGGGAAUAUCAGAGUCUUUGAAGUUCUCAGCUUUGAUGCAGUACAGUGCACUUAGUGCAAGAUGACGGAAGAGGUGAUUGUCAUCGCGAAGUUUGACUACAUGGCCCAGCAGGACCAGGAGCUGGACAUCAAGAAAAAUGAGCGCCUCUGGCUCCUUGACGACUCCAAGUCCUGGUGGAGGGUUCGAAAUGCCACCAACAAAACAGGCUUUGUGCCCUCCAACUAUGUGGAGAGGAAAAACAGUGCCAGGAAAGCCUCUAUUGUCAAGAACCUCAAAGACACACUUGGAAUUGGGAAGGUGAAGAGCAGAAAGGCGGGGAUGAGGGACGCAGCCUCCAACCCAGAAACAGACAUGUAUGCAGAUAACGGCGAGCGACUGUACGACCUGAACCUGCCUGCCCUGGUCAAGUUCAGCUACUCAGCAGAGCGUGAGGACGAGCUGUCACUGGUAAAAGGCACGCGGGUGGUGGUGAUGGAGAAGUGCAGUGACGGCUGGUGGCGUGGCAGCUACAACGGACGGUCUGGCUGGUUUCCAUCAAACUACGUGACGGAAGAUGUGGAUGGGACGGCGGGGGGAGGGGGUAUGGGCGGGCUCGGUGACACGACUGGAUCACUAACAGAAAAGCUGGCAGCCGUGGUGAGCAGCGCCACAAACGGAAACAGGGUGCUGCACACGGUGCAGGCGCUCUACCCUUUCAGCUCAAGCAGCGACGAGGAGCUGAACUUUGAGAGGGGCGAGGUGAUGGAGGUGGUGGAGAAGCCUGAGAAUGACCCCGAAUGGUGGAAGUGCCGCAAGGCGGAUGGACAGCUGGGCUUGGUGCCUAAGAACUACGUCACUGUGCUGGACUCCACCUCCCACAAUCCCUCUGCAGGGCCUGCUGGGCCUCCCACACCUGACUGUGAUUACAUCUCGCCUUCAGGCAGCGGGCGCUUCGCAGGGAAGGAGUGGUACUAUGGAAAGGUGACGCGCCACCAGGCAGAGGUAGCACUCAACCAGCGAGGCACGGAGGGUGACUUCCUCAUCCGGGAUAGCGAGUCAUCGCCAAACGACUUCUCCAUCUCCUUGAAGGCGCAGAGCAAGAACAAGCAUUUCAAAGUGCAGCUGAAGGAAAACCUUUACUGCAUUGGACAGCGCAAGUUCAACUCCAUGGAGGAGCUUGUUGAACACUACAAAAAGGCCCCCAUCUUCACCAGUGAGCAGGGAGACAAACUGUACCUGAUCAAGGCCCUGGCCCCUUCUUGAUCUCACUCACUCACACUCACUCACACACACACACACACACACACACACACACACACAUGCACACACUCUCUCACACACAACCACACACACUUUGACGCAUGCACAUACAUGCACACAGACACACAUUCUCAACUGCAUCCAUACAUUCACUGAUCUUGCUUCCACAUCAGAUCACACACUAACAUUCAGACUCGAAGCCUGAAGACUUAACACAUCAUCAGGACUUAAAUGCCUGAUUUGUGAGCAUUCCAAGAGGAGAUAGGGGAAAAUUAUGGGAGAGACACACAGAAACGGAGGAGGGAGACAAAAAGACUAUGGACUCCUGAGAGUAGACUAUAGACCUCUUGGUCAACUAUUCUAAAAUAUCCAGAUGUGUUUAGGUCAUAGGCAAUGCCAUGUAUUUCCACAUUGACAUCUAUUAGAUCUACAUUUAGUUUUCUUUUUUGUUGUUGUUGUUGAUAAUAUAUAAUCUUUUUAACAGUUUCUUUUUAAAAUGUGAUUUUUUUUUAACUCUAUCCAAUACACAACAACCACCGAUAUGAGGUAUUUUCAGAUGAUGGAGGUUAUUUGCAAAUCCAGAGUCUAGCCUAGAGUUCUGCAUUUCAACUCAUUUUUGUGUUGUCUGUCUUAACUCGUUCUUCAUGGAAUGCUAUGUUGUGGACACACUAAUCCACAGCUUUUGCUAACUGCUAAUCAUGAAUAAAAAUAAUUAAGUGACCAAAGUAUAUUUAUUGAUACUAUUAGGAUUCUGUCAUGGUUGUGGGGAUUAGGAUAUCAUAGUGUGUGUCUGCUUUUGAGGAUUCAGCGGCUGCAGGAGAGAUCUGGAGGACUCCUCUAGCUGUGUACGGUUAAAACCAGACUAUUUCUUUCUUUUUUUUCCAUGUGCAACAUAUCUGCUCGUCUCACUUAUCGCUGUGUCCGUAUCAUUUGAAUGUUACAAAGCUGAGGAAGCACAGAAUGCAGUGUGUGUACCCCCCGCACUCAUAAAAUCCCCAUCACUGUGUUUGUGUGCAUGUUAACAGAAUAGAGAGCUCAAAAUCUUCACAUGGUCACUAAUUCUCCCAAAAGAGGGCAGAGAGACAGAUUGACAGUCCAAAUGGGUGAUGGGGAUUUACCAGGGUCUCUGGAGGUUAUGUGACGAGCCAAACCCUUUUUUUCCUCCUUUGAGUCUGGAUACUUUUUCAGUGCAGACCCACUCCUCCUCCUCCACCCUUCCCCAGACUCCUGCUGGAGUGUGACUGACAGCUGAUGCAUCCUCCCAGUAUUGCCUGAGGGGCAUGUUUCUCUGGAGAUAAGAGGGGGGGGACUGCGGGGCUGCUCCGUGACACCCAAGUCUCAGGAGAGGGGAGGGAAACCGAAGGCCUGUCCAGGCAGUCCAGAAAUGAUGUCACUGCUGCUCACAGGAGGGGAAUGGAGGAGGAAGGGUCACCCCAGGGUUGUGUUUGUAUGAUUGCAUACAUCAAGCUGGGGAAACGCCCUCUUCCUCUCGCAGGCACAAAGGAUUUUUGAAAACAAUUCUGUACAUGUUACUGAGUAUACAGCUAAGGGGCGUUUUCAUUAGCAGCGGUGAAAGAAAAGGAACUUGGUGGAAUGCCACUCAUAGUCUGACAUUUUCUUUUACUUCUGUCUUUCACAUUGAAUUUAUGGUAUUUUGGCCAACUAAUAAUUUAGCACAAGAAGGUUUUGAGGUUGUAUGUCAAAAGGUAGGUAGAAGCUCCUAAUUUGGAUAAUCCAGCCUCUUUUGUCCUAAUUUAUGGCCAGCACCCGGUUAGAAUAGCAUGUCUUUAAUAUGUUCUCUCCCAGUUGGAAAGGGUGUAUAAAGAAAGGACAUGUUGAGUGAAAAUGGACCAAGUUGUGUUUGAAUGUGAGGGGCAGCUUGCAUCCUGCGCCUAAAGCCAAGCUCAAGCAGCAGCAGCAGUGGCAGCAAGCUGCUCUACUGAGCUCAGGGGAGAUGAUGGUGAUGCCGUGAUGAGUUCUCCAGCUGUGGCGAGUUGGACCGGAGCAGAGAGCGAAGGAGGAAGAGAGGAUUUCAGAGGGGAGGAAUGGAAAAAUGACCCUAAAAAACAAAA